AUGGCCAACAGUGACUUGUACGACGACGACCGCGAUGAGCCUAUCGACGGCCCUGAAUCCUACCCGACAGAGACUAAAGAACAAUAUAACGCUCUGAUCGAUCACCUAGGGCAUCUUCCCUACGACAAGACCCAACUUGAUCUCGACUACUUCCUCAACGAAAACGCGAAGCUAUCACUGGAGCUCGAGCAGCAUAGACAAUCGAACAAGCUUGCAUCCGCACAAAGGGAACAACGCAAGGUUCUCAGGGAGGGUCUAGAGCGUGCGAAGAAGAUGCACCAGAAACGACCUGCAAGCGGUGGAGUAGAAGAGGCCCUCCGGAGUAAGAGGAUGUCACCGCAACGCGAGGAACCUCUUGAGGGGCCACAACGCACACCGACUUCCGCGCAGACUCGGACCGCAUUGCAAACUCCUGUUCGCGCAGGCCGCGGUCCGAGGUCCCUGAGCAUUCGAAGCGUGAGGAAUGCUUCUGCCGGAACAGGUAUCGACGCCAGCCACGGAAUUGCCCCGGACAAUGACGAUACAAUCAUGGCCGCCAGUCCCUCGGCAUUGUCUGACAUCGACGAAGUCAGCACACCCAAGGCGGCCAGUCCCGCAUUUGGAGAGGGGAUGGACCUUGGCUUUCGACCAUCAAUCAACCCAAGGCUCCAACAAGGUGCUACUAUGGGAGGCACCGGCGUCCCUACACCUGUGUUUCCGGCCCAUAGGUCCUCAACGGCACUUGGCAUUGACGACUCUCUCACCAUACCUGAGUCGGCCGACGAUAUCUCCCAAGCCUCAGCUCACGCCACACCAGACGUAGUACCACAAGACUCCGGUAGCCGAGAGAACUUGCCUCCACAAAAACGUGGCCGCAAGACCAAGAAGAAAGCGCCGCCGCAGACUCCUGCGCUCGACUUCUUUGUGCUAAGCGACGAUGGCGUUAGGUGGCUCGACCCUAUGUACCUGAACGACGAUAUCAGGGUUGUCAUGUCGGAUCAGAUCAAAGGCAUGGCCGAAGGCAAGUCAAAUGAUCAAUACCAGAGGGCCGUCGAGAGGGGAGAAGCCGAGAUCAACCACACAUCGCACUCCUGCUUCAAUUGUCAGGUCACGAAGCGCAGCCGCAAUAAGUGUCACAACGAAUCGGCGACCAAGACAUCUUGCUCAGGAUGUUGCGAGCAGAACGACCAACCAUGCGGCAAGCUAAUCAAGCAUCCUGGUAAAGACAACGCGUAUGCCAUUGGCUUCCUGCCGGUACCAGCCGAUCUACGCGGUAAUGCGUUGUGGGAGCAGAUGCACAACUGGGUCCCUGCUGUACCGAACAAGAGAGAGCGGAACCCGUCACCCGCCAAGACAGCUGGCGUCGCUGCGACAGAUGAGGUGAAGAAGCGAUCGAGUCUGCGCAACAUGAAGGAGCCUAUCAAGACUAUAACCGACAGGGUUCGGAGAGGACUACGUAUGUAA